AUUUUGCUUUUUCUCGAAUGUCUUUUCGUUCGUGGCAACUUAUUCUCUCGACAUGCCACAUAUAACAAAGCGCGAACGGGCCAUGGUAGAAUCUUCAUGGUGGUGUCUGUUUUACAAUUUUUGCGAAGACGAGGAGAACAGUGGCUGGGCAUCGAAUUGGUCCCAAGUAUUCCAUUCGUCAUGCUGCUGUUGCGUGUGGCGUCAGCAUUUCCACCAUGAACAGAUGUACCAGGGAUGCUGACGGCGAAAAUCAGCGUGCUGCGUUGGCCUUGUCUGUCUCCAGUGAUGAAGGUAACGAGAGUGACAAUCCCCAAUGUGAGACUCGUGCCAUAAAACCACUCAACCCUGACGGAUUUGCUUUGGACUGUAUGUAAAGAAGUAAUUUACGGAUUCUAUGCUACGAAGGAGCACCCAACACUGGACAAAGUUCCUGCUCGCUGCAUAGAAAGCAUCGACGAUUUUCCAGACAUGAGCAAAACUAGCUCUUGGAAAAUGUUGCGUUCCAUGGGAUUCCAGUGUGGCAAGACCAGAGGUAUCACACACAUGAUGAUGGAACGGCACGGGAUUGUGUCCUGGCGGCAUCGCUACCUGUGAGACAUAGAUACCUGGAUGACACGUGGGUCAAUGCGCAUCACACAGUUACUAGGAGGUGGUCCGACAAUGGUGACAGGAGUGUAUAGGCAAGCAACCAAAUGAAGCACCAUCAGGUAAAGGCAAGCGCUUUAUUGUUCUGCAUACUGGUGGACGGGACGGAUUCGUGAAAAACUGCGCCGAUGUGUUCGUGACUGGAGACCGACGAGGCCGACGCCAACGAUGAUAUACGUCGUCGGCUGUCCUAGCACAUCUGUUCACUGUGUAAUACUGCCGUCACAAGUGCAACACAAAACACGGAAUUAUUGCAAUCGGGCCGUUUCGACGCUCGCUGGUCUUCUACUAUUCGCAGAUGUUGAACCAGACACAACUGUGACCUAUUUGCAUUGUGUGUUUGUGUGUGUGUGUGUGUGUGUGUUUGUAAAACCGCUCAUGUAUUGCUUCCUUUUAGUCUCUUUAUGGGUGCUGUGUGAAUUGCCCUUGUGAUUUGUUGUGGUGUUUGAAUUUUCACUGCAUUCUUUCAGUGAUCGAGGGAAGUUUCCUACAUGCAUGCUGGAAUGUUUUGUUUUAUUGAGCUAAUUGCAAUACAGCAUUUGAAUUAUUCAGUACAGUUUGCCACAGUAAGUCGUGAAAAACCACGACUCACUGGUUUCCUACAAAGGUUAGGACAACUGCAGACAGCAGUGCACAACUGCACAGUCAUGUACGUGUACAUGUGUCAUAUCGGCCUCGGCAGCUGACGGGUUCUCCCGGGCUGUACGACGAACUAACUACUCUGCCGGUACUAGUUUACAUGUUGGGUGAACGUGUUCCCCUCAUGAGCGCGCGUUUGUACGGCAGUUGUCUUUUGUAUCUACUUGUCACUUUUAUCAAUGCAUGGGCCGCGGGAUGUUGUAUCUGCUAACUGUCUUAUCGUAUACGCUUGCUGUUUAGUUAAUUCAUAAAUAAUACGCAUUUCUCCUUGUCUUCUCCCAUUGGUCAAUUCUGCAUAGCAACAAGCUCUCUAUGGUCUGAUUGGUUGGGUUUUCCCGCCUUUGCUACUCCUUUGUGUAACUCGAUCCUUUUUGUUCUCGAUAUAACCCCUGCUGCUUCUGAUGAAAAGUACCAACCUUCCUUCGAUCUUCACUCUUGAAUCGAGCUGGAAUCAUAGUGACUCUCAACCUUAUUCGAAUGACCAAGAUGCCUCCGACAACUGUCAGCGUCGACAACAUGAUGAAGGCCGCCGAACGCGGAGCAGCAGCCCUGGAAGCCCUUGGGGAGCAUGAGCAAGCGCGCCAUCUCCGCCGAGUCCCGCAACAUUUGGGUCCGUUGCUUCGGCACGCCAACGACCUCCAAGCACUGGGGAUGACGCCGGCCGAACGGUCGGCAAAGAAGGGUCGGAAAUGGAAAGAGCGAAAAGGUCGUCGUGCUGCCGAGGCGACUAAGGAGAAAGUGGGGGGUGCGUCCGCAUCCUCCGCGACCUCCUCGGUCUCCUCGGUGCCGGCGAGCCCCAAGAGAACUGAGGGAAAUUCCGACUCUUCUUCAUCCGCCGGUGCAGCUCCGAGGGCGGAUUCCAAGGGCGCGACUGCGUCCGAAGAAUCUGCCGAACUCGGAGUGGAGCGUCAGCGGCAGCGGGAAGAGGCACACGAAACUCGUCAAGCACAGGCGGCCGGGUGGUCUGCCGAGCUCGACGAGCAGAUGAAGGAACUUGAACAAGAACUGCUCAUGGAUGAUUUGUGAACAUUUUCAAUUUCGAUCUUCAAUAAACAAGACCGGAUGGUCGUUGGUAUCGAAAUUCUUGUGUUCUGAG